ACAUCUGUAAGUUGAAACCUAGGACUUGCCUCAUUGCACAGAGAGGAUGGAAAAUUUGCGAAAACGUUAAAAAUGGAUUCCAGCAAUGUGAAAGCAAAUUGUGGAUUUUCAACAAAACUUCUCUUCCGAGGAUCAGAUUUAAAAGACACGAAAAUACAACAGCCAAUUCAGUAUUUAUGACAUACGACUUUCUGAGAUGUCAGAAAAGUGACGAUGAGAAACCAACGACAUCGGAUUCAUCGCGUGUGGUUUUAGGAAUUCUACUCGGCCUCUCCAUCAUUGCUAUAAUGCUUCUUUUAUUUUUCUUGAUAAAAAAGAAACCGUUUCUGCUACAAAGGUUCUCUGCACACACUCAUUCAAAGCUUUCGCCGAAUCCGAUUGAGACCAUCGAGGAUCUAUAUUCAAUGGCUCAGGAAACAAAAAGCGUGAAUACUAAUUACGUGAUGGCGAGUGAAGUAAAUUGUUCAACUAGCAAGAAAACUUCCGAGCAUACACAAGAGAGAGAUUUUGUUGAAGAAGCUGAUGACUGAGUAAUACUCGUCAGUCGUGUUUCCUGAUCGACAAAAUAUAUAUCGUGUUUGUAAGCCAUAGCGUUUUCAUAUUUAUAUUGCACUGUUUUUUUUUGUUUGUUUGUGUAAAUUCGGUCAAUUCUAGUUUUCCGAAACUAGUUUGAUGGCUGAGGAAAUCAAGCUCUGUGACGAGACUUCGACUUGUAAAGCUCAGGUAGAUACUAUAAAAAUUCGCUAGAAAACUAGUCAUCAGUCAAAUCCUUCAGUCACUGAGGUCAUUCUACACACCUUCCUAUAUGCUGACGCAUUUUAAUAUCGUAACGCUAAUAACCAAAUUGCGUAAGUCAUAUUCAGCAAUUCCAUGAAAAGCGUAAAAAAACUUACUAAUGAUAUUGUUAUGCCAUUGAGAGAAAAUAAUUCCCCAUGGUUCAAUUUUUUAGUCGUAUCCGAAUUUUGACUUAAUUUGUAUGAUGUAGGCAUGUGACGUCAUAAGGACGCACUGUGAUUUACGAAGAAAUGUGCCUAUGACUUGGUGACAUACGCAAUUUUUCAACUUGGCUAUAUCCAUCAGUCCUGAAAACCAAAUAUUCGAAAAACGUAUGUAAUUUACAUUAUAUACGAUGUCUAAUCCCCAAAAUAGCUUAUCUGUUUUAAUACCAAUAUAUUUUUUAUCUAUAUAAUGCACUCUGCACACUUAACCGAAAUGAGACUUUUAAUAAAUAAAAAAGCAAUGAAUCUCUAAAUAAAAGCCAACCAAUAUUAAUUGGACUCAGAAAGUGGAUAUCACAAGUGCCCACUUUCAUAUGCCGCAGUGUAAAUUCAAAUUUAUAUAUACACUAAGCUAGAAUCUAUGAUGCAAAAACCCGAAAAAUACUGUGCCGAUGUUAUUUUGCAUUUGUGACGUCACAAUUUUAUAAAGUGGAAUUUAUUGUGAUGGGACAAUUGCAAUAAUGUUCACGUCACAUACAUCUCCAUUUUUAUGCGUUUCGGAAUCCUUGGGAAAAAAUCUGAAUUAACUGACAGGUGCAGCAUUGCAUAAAUAACUAUUGCAACUCAAAACCGCCAAAAAGUGACGCAAUUCGGUUAUUAGCCUGACGAUAUACUAUUGUACUAAUUUCCCUAACUGGCAUUGGCUCUUCCACCACUUGAACAAACCACGUAGGCUAUUGCUAGGGUUACCAUAUUGUGCUUAUUUUUAAGAUUUGUGCUUAUUUUCCAGCCCGCGUCUUAUAAAGUAACGAUGUGCUUAUUUCUAAGAAAAGUGCUUAUUUUUGAGUUGCGUGCUCAUUUUGUCAUAGAAACACUGAUGACUCGUCCUUGUUUUGCUUACAAAGCUUCCGUGGAAACGAGGGAGAUGAAUAUCAUUGUUCGCGGCUUCGCGCU